AAACUCCGAUUCCGUCUAUAGGCUACAGUACGCUGUCAUAGCCGCUCAAGAAAUGUGAGAUUCAACUGGGUUUUAUUUUAUUAUUUUAUUUUUUAUAUUUCCGUGAAAUCUUGAUAAACACGGAUUAAUGGAUCUGAUUUUCUUCACCUCGUGGUCCCUUUAUGACAACAGAUCACUUGUGUCGUCCUCUUGAUAAAUUCAUGAGCUGAGUCUCAUGUUGAGAGCAAACUCUUUCCAUGAAGGAUACUCUGCGCGCAAACAACAAACAAUAUGGGACAAAACAUCAGCGACAAAAUGUCGAAAGACUUUGCGGAUGAAUGUCAACCUCUGCUUAUUAAAGGGAUCAAUGAAAAAAAGCGACCAAAGCUUCCAAGCACAUCACUUGUGCUGGCUGCAUGUGCUGCGUGUAUUGGGGGAACCUUUCAGUAUGGAUAUAAUGUAUCUGUCAUCAAUGCACCCACAACGUAUGUGCAAAAUUUCAUCAACCAAACCUGGAGUGAUCGUUACCAAACUGACAUAUCAGCAAAUGUUCUCACUCUGCUUUGGUCCUCUAUCGUAUCUAUAUUCACCAUAGGAGGACUAAUAGGAGUGACAGUUGGUAGUACAUUGUCUGUGAAGCUGGGGAGGAAAGGGACACUUUUGGUCAAUAAUAUAUUCGCAUUAAUGGCUGCUCUGCUGAUGGGUCUGAGUUACCCUACAGGAUUGUUUGAAUUACUCGUCAUUGGACGUCUUCUCACUGGAAUGAAUGCAGGCAUUGGCCUUUGUGUUCAACCUCUGUACUUGGGGGAGAUAGCUCCGACCGCAUUUCGUGGGGCCAUGGGAAUGGGAACUUCUAUUUCCAUCACUUUUGGGAUCUUGACUGGACAAGUGAUCGGCCUCAAAGAGCUCCUUGGAAAAGAAGAGUACUGGCCCUUCCUGCUCUCCACCACAUGUAUCCCAGCAAUCCUGCAGCUCCUGAUCCUGCCCUGGUUCCCAGAGAGCCCGCGCUACCUGCUCAUUGACAAAGGAGAUUAUGCGGGAUGCAAGAAAGCCCUGAAGCAACUACACGGUCCAGCUGGCUGUGAUGGCGAACUUGAAGAUAUUGAGAAGGAGAAGAAUAAUUUAGUGGAUAUGCAGGCCAAGAAACCCUGGGAGCUCUUCACUGAUCGUAGUUUCCGCUGGCAGCUUUUCACUGUCAUACUGCUCAACACUGCACAACAGCUGAACGGCAUCAAUGCUAUUUACUUCUACGCAGAUUACUUGUUCAAACAAUCUGGUAUUCCCACUGAUAAAAUACCAUAUGUGACCAUUGGCACUGGUGCCUGUGAAUGCCUCACGGCUUUAACAUGUGGUAUGCUCAUUGAUCGUCUGGGAAGGAAAGUGCUCAUCACGGGAGGAUACACACUGAUGAGCAUCUGCUGCAUUUUAUUCACGCUGACGCUCUCUUUUCAGAAUGCGAGCCCAGUGAUUCCAUACUUGAGCAUCGCGUGUGUGUUUGCUUUUAUCCUCAGUUUUGGCUUAGGACCAGGUGGCGUGACUAACAUCUUGACCACUGAGCUGUUCACACAAACGACACGGCCUGCAGCGUACAUGAUCUCGGGUUCAUUGAACUGGUUGAGCUUCUUCUUCAUCAGCCUGGUCUUCCCUUUUAUUGUGUUGGGGCUGCAGCAGUACUGUUUCCUGGUGUUCUUGGCCGUCUGCUCCUUAAUGGCGAUAUAUAUUGUUAUUGUCAUUCCUGAAACCAAGGACAAAACCUUCGUUGAAAUCCAGAAUGAGUUCCAGUCCUCAAACAACAGAAAGGUCUGCAAUGAUGAGGGACCAACACAUUUAUUAACUUCUAUGUGAAAUAUUACCCAUGAGUCGAACAAUUAAAGUCUUUUAUGUCUUAUAUUAUUUUCACAAAGAUGAGUAACUGUAACACAAUAGAUCAGAAAAUGUAACAUAAUACUGUAGUAUGGGGCUUUGCUUGAACCUCAGAGAUGUGAGGUCAUAACUACAUCUCUUAAGUUCACUUAUGAAGUGAACUUAUCUUAAUAUGCAAUAUUUUGGUAUUAUAAGUGAUUCAUUGGUUUGUAUAGAGUGCUG